AGUUUUCUGGAUGGCUAAUUGUUGGGAUUAUUGUCCUGUACUCCACGGCCUGAAUCGUCCUUAGUCAAGAUGAAAUGCCGGCGGCUGCCUUUUUCGAAACAAUACGGCGUUAAAUGUAUGCGUUAGGCUUGACGUGCGAGUGAACGUUUGGCAAGUUGUUUACGACAAAUCAUAGCUGAUAAGUGAACCUGCAGGACGAUGUUUCCACUUACUCCAAGGUGAUUUGUGAUGUGUCGGCGCAGAUAAUACGCUUUUCAAGAUAAAAAAAGUUGAUAGUACGUGUGCGUACGAUUAUUUGGUGCUUGUGUUGAGCUGCGGUUCUUAGCUGCUGCCAUUUUUGCAAACGAAGGCUGUGGAAGUGGCCACUUCUGAUUCAAGUAAGCAGUCAAUCUUUUCGUUUAGUUCGUCGCUGCCCAUUGCAAGUUCAUGGUACACCGUUUUCAUUGAGGCAACUUAGUAUGCUACGGCUUAGAAAACUGGUGCCUAGUGCAAUAUUAAAGUUGAACAUUUAUACGAUUUGCUGCUGGCUAUGCUUACUGGUUCCGUCUUCUUGGAGCAGUGCGAACAAUCUGCAUACGUACGAUGCCAUACGUACACACGACAUCAUAGCGGGCGACGUGUUUUUCGAGAUCCUCGAUCCUCCCGAACUCGAGUACACGUACCGGUUGAGGCCAGCGAAAGAUUUCGGCGGUAGCUUCGGAACGUCGUACAAGGCGUCGCGAGGAAAGCUGGUUCCCGCCGUACCGGCGGACGCUUGCAGCGCAGAAUUUGUGAACGGGGAGGAACUGGUCGGUAACAUAGCGCUGGUUGAGCGGGGCGAAUGCUCGUUUUUGACAAAGGCCGUCAACGUUGAGGCAGCAGGCGGUGCGGCCGUAAUCAUUACUGAACUUGAUACCGACUCCGAUGAUUAUGAUUACUACAUCGAGAUGGUGCACGACAACACGGACCGGGACACCGAUAUUCCGGCUGCAUUUUUGCUCGGAAAAAAUGGACUCAUCAUACGGAAGACACUGAUCAAGCUGAAACAACCGUACGCCGUUGUGAACAUCCCGGUGAACCUUACUUUUGUGCAGCCACACGAGAUAAAUCAACCACCGUGGCUGCAGUGGUAACAAAGGUGGUAUUUCGGGGGGAACAUUAAAUUCACAUCUGGGCGAAUACGUUAUUAACACCAAUUUGCGGUAAUGAGUGAUAUUUUCCUGCAACGAGGCAAACUAUUUUUGUGAAGUGAGUGCGAACGAAUCGGCAAGACGACUUGAUUCCAGUGAUAAUUAGUUGCUCGGGGUUGUUUCCUGGAUAAGAGAUUUUCUCGAUGGCUAUCAAGAUAAGAAACAUCGAACAUCUCAAAACCAUGACUCUGUUGGAGCUUGCGGCAUUCGCCUGGCUGUUUGUUGCUAUACUUGCAUCGGUUCGUGGGGGAGCCGUCGUCCAGAUCGCGCCAUUACCAUUAAUGAUUAGCCUUCAUCAGUCAACGAACGGCGAACGAC